GGUAACGGACGGCAACUAAACACUUGCCGUGUCAACUAGCGCGAAAAAAACGUCAACAAACACGUCAUUCCAGACCCGUCUCGACUUUUUAUUGGUUAUCCGUAACUGAGUCGGCCAAUUCCCGUUCUAUAAAUCGAUCCCCAAUUCUCCCUUUUUUCUCUCACAAAUUCUCAAUUCAUCCGCAGCUCUUCCCGAUCAAACCUUCGAUUUAGUGCUUUCUUCCCGCAGCUUCUCAAGGUAACAUCUGAAUUCGAUUGCCUCCUCCUUCAGUUCUUCGUCAUCCUGUUCUUGUUUUGUAUGUAUUGAACGCUGGAUUUGGGUCUUUUUCUUCUCGUUCUUUAGGUCGAUCAGUUCUUGGGUUGCUUUGAUUUUGGGAGUUAGGUUUCCCUCUCUCAUUAAUUGGAUCGUUAUGUUGAAUUUGUGAUGUUCUAUCUUUCUGGUUCGUCAAUUUUAAUCUCUCCGUCUCCGAUAUCUAUUGGAGCUUGGUUUUGCUAGUUAAUUAGGGUUUAGACGAUCUCCUGAUAUUUUUCUGGUUGUUGAAUUUCGUCGUUGCGAUUUACAGAUGCAGAUCUUUGUCAAGACUCUCACCGGAAAGACAAUCACCCUCGAGGUCGAGAGCAGCGACACUAUCGACAACGUCAAGGCUAAGAUCCAGGACAAGGAGGGGAUUCCCCCGGAUCAGCAGAGGCUGAUCUUCGCCGGCAAGCAACUCGAGGACGGCAGGACCUUGGCCGAUUACAACAUCCAGAAGGAGUCGACCCUUCACCUGGUGCUCCGUCUCCGUGGAGGCAUGCAGAUCUUCGUCAAGACUCUGACGGGAAAGACGAUUACUUUGGAGGUCGAGAGCUCCGACACGAUCGAUAACGUCAAGGCUAAGAUCCAGGACAAAGAGGGCAUCCCACCGGAUCAGCAGAGGUUGAUCUUCGCCGGCAAGCAGCUGGAGGACGGCAGGACCUUGGCCGAUUACAACAUCCAGAAGGAGUCUACACUUCACCUGGUCCUCCGUCUCAGAGGUGGGAUGCAGAUCUUUGUGAAGACCUUGACCGGCAAGACCAUCACCCUCGAGGUUGAGAGCUCGGACACCAUCGAUAAUGUCAAGGCUAAGAUCCAGGACAAGGAAGGGAUCCCUCCUGACCAGCAGAGGCUCAUCUUCGCCGGGAAGCAGCUGGAAGAUGGAAGGACUUUGGCCGACUACAACAUACAGAAGGAGUCAACCCUCCAUCUUGUCCUCCGUCUCAGGGGAGGUAUGCAGAUCUUCGUGAAGACCUUGACUGGCAAGACCAUCACCCUCGAGGUCGAGAGCUCGGACACCAUUGACAAUGUCAAGGCCAAGAUCCAGGAUAAGGAGGGAAUCCCUCCAGAUCAGCAGAGGCUCAUCUUUGCCGGGAAGCAGCUCGAGGACGGAAGAACUCUGGCGGAUUACAAUAUCCAGAAGGAGUCGACCCUCCACUUGGUCCUGCGUCUGAGGGGAGGGAUGCAGAUUUUCGUGAAGACCCUGACUGGGAAGACGAUUACCUUGGAGGUGGAGAGCAGUGAUACCAUCGAUAAUGUGAAGGCCAAGGUCCAGGAUAAGGAGGGUAUUCCGCCAGAUCAGCAGAGGCUCAUCUUUGCUGGGAAGCAAUUGGAAGACGGAAGGACACUGGCGGAUUACAACAUCCAGAAGGAGUCCACCCUCCACCUUGUCCUGCGUCUCCGUGGUGGCUUUUAAAGGGUCUUCUGUCUCUUGUGAUGCGAAUAAGGUGGUUGGUGUUUGAUUAUGUUUGAAGAUGUUUCAAGUUUCUGGUCGAAAAAGAUGGUGUAGCCUAAUGACACCUCAGUUUUAAGUUUUUUCCUUUUGGUUCAUUUUCGAGUACUGUGUUGGCCGUGGUGGCCAUUUGAACAAUGAUUCUCUGUCGGUUUCCUGCUGUUGGAAUGAUGAAGUCGAACUAUGUUAAUAAAGCCUAUGGUUCUUCCUGUCUUGAUAUACUUGUUCCCUCUGUGCAUUUGAUGGUAUUGGUAUCAUAUGCAGAGCUGUUGGGUUUGGCAAAGUUAACUGUUACUCAUAUCUCAGAGGUAUUCAACUAGCAAGGAUGAGCUGCUUGCACUUAACCAGGUUGCAUGUGCAUUGUUUUUGUUUCUAUUUCAUUCAUCACAAUGUGGGUGAUGAGGUGUGAUUUCCUUCUUUUUUAUUUCAAUUUCUGCAAAUUCCUAUGCUCCUAGCAACCUGCAUUUGACGAAAUUCGAAUGAUGGGUCUCUCAUCUUUAUUAAUGCCCAUUGCACAAGGGGUACUUAGUUUAAUCCAUGGCUUACUGUUUAAGGUUACCCACAGCAGAAUGUAUAGUCACUUUCACUAGCGAAAGGAAAGAGUUUAGCCGAUAUGUCCACGAACUACCUCACCUUAUUGAAGGUUGUCAACCCGCGGUAACCCGAUUGAUGUAUUUGAUGAUCCAAUGGAAUGAACCACUGGAACUUGGGGAUAGUGGACAAUCACUGGAGCUUGACAUAUUCAACAAGUCACUGAAGUCCAAGCGCAGCACAGCUCAUGUAUUCUUGCACUUCUGCUUAACAAAACACACUAUGCCAAAUCAAUGAAGCCUUAAUCAAGAGAAUUACUAAAAACAUUGUAGAAUCAGGUGGCUUUUAAACUCAGUUCUGCGAGAUCAGUUUACAACAAUAAAUUGUCCUUAAUGUU